AUGGUGACAGCGUCGUGGGUCAUGGACCCCUGGACAAAACAGAACCCCGGACAAAACAGAACCCCGGACAAAACAGAACCCCUUGACAAAACAGAACCCCCGGACAAAACAGAACCCCUGGACAAAACAGAACCCCUGGACAAAACAGAACCCCCGGACAAAACAGAACCCCUGGACAAAACAGAACCCCCGGACAAAACCCCCCGGACAAUACAGCGUCGUGGGUCCUGGACGACCCCCAAGCCCUCAGGAAACGACUCAGAGGACGACCCCCAAGCCCUCAGGAAACGACUCAGAGGACGACCACCAAGCCCUCAGGAAACGACUCAGAGGACGACCACCAAGCCCUCAGGAAACGACCCAGAGGACGACCCCCAAGCCCUCAACAUACGGCCCAGAGGACGACCACCAAGCCCUCAACAUACGACCCAGAGGACGACCACCAAGCCCUCAACAUACGGCCCAGAGGACGACCACCAAGCCCUCAGGAAACGACCCAGAGGACGACCCCCAAGCCCUCAACAUACGGCCCAGAGGACGACCACAAGCCCUCAACAAACCACCCAAAGGACGACCACCAAGCCCUCAGGAAACGACCCAGAGGACGACCACAAGCCCUCAGGAAACGACUCAGAGGACGACCCCCAAGCCCUCAGGAAACGACUCAGAGGACGACCACAAGCCCUCAGGAAACGACCCAGAGGACGACCACCAAGCCCUCAACAAACGACCCAAAGGACGACCACCAAGCCCUCAGGAAACGACCCAGAGGACGACCACAAGCCCUCAGGAAACGACUCAGAGGACGACCCCCAAGCCCUCAGGAAACGACUCAGAGGACGACCACAAGCCCUCAGGAAACGACUCAGAGGACGACCACAAGCCCUCAAACGACCCAGAGGACGACCACAAGCCCCCAACAAACGACCCGGAGGACGACCACAAGCCCUCAACAAACGACCCAGAGGACGACCACCAAGCCCUCAGGAAACGACCCAGAGGACGACCACCAAGCCCUCAACAAACGACCCAGAGGACGACCACCAAGCCCUCAACAAACGACUCAGAGGACGACCCACAAACCCUCAGGAAACGACUCGGAGGACGACCACCAAGCCCUCAACAAACGACCCAGAGGACGACCCCCAAACCCUCAACAUACGACCCAGAGGACGACCCCCAAGCCCUCAACAAACGACCCAGAGGACGACCCACAAGCCUUCAACAUACGACCCAGAGGACGACCACCAAGCCCUCAACAUACGACCCAGAGGACGACCCCCAAGCCCUCAACAUACGACCCAGAGGACGACCACCAAGCCCUCAACAUACGACCCAGAGGACGACCACCAGCCCUCAACAUACGACCCAGAGGACGACCCACAAGCCCUCAACAAACGACCCAGAGGACGACCCACAAGCCCUCAACAAACGACCCAGAGGACGACCCCCAAGCCCUCAACAAACGACCCAGAGGACGACCACCAAGCCCUCAACAAACGACCCAGAGGACGACCACCAAGUCCUCAACAUACGACCCAGAGGACGACCCCCAAGCCCUCAACAUACGACCCAGAGGACGACCACCAAGCCCUCAACAUACGACCCAGAGGACGACCACCAAGCCCUCAACAAACCACCCAGAGGACGACCACAAGCCCUCAACAAACCACCCAGAGGACGACCCCCAAGCCCUCAACAAACGACCCAGAGGACGACCCCAAGCCCUCAACAAACGACCCAGAGGACGACCCCAAGCCCUCAACAAACGACCCAGAGGACGACCACCAAGCCCUCAACAUACGACCCAGAGGACGACCACCAAGCCCUCAACAUACGACCCAAAAUUAG